CUGCGAAGCGGGGGUGUGGGGAGAGGGCGUCCGGCCCCGCCAGGCCUCGCCCAGGGAGUGCGGCCUUUGGCUCUGGGCCUCCCGUGGGAGGCGGGAAGGCCCGAGGGGAUGUGGUUGUGCAGCGUAGAUUACGGGAGUGUUAAAUCUCCCCGUUAUCCUGGCGGGUGUGACGCCGAGGAGGGAAACGGUGCUGGGGAGAAAGGAUGCUUCCCGGUGUUGGAUCAGCCUUUAGGGUUGAUGGAGGAACUUCCCUGAGGGCAUGGCAGUGGUUCGAGCUCUGGUGCCUGAAAUACCCCGCACUUUCCCUGCCCUGCUUACAGAUGCUCGCAAAGCCCCGUGAGGGGCAGGAGUGGGUUUUAUGCCCCUUGGUGAAAGGGGCCAUUGUGUUCCCAGUGUUGAUCACACUGUAGUGUGCCUGUAGUUGCAGAAUCUUAGCCAUUAUUUCUCCUUUGCUUUGUAAACCUCCUACUUUUCACUUUUAAUUUUGUGAGAGUCAGAUUCUUGCUUUGUGUGUCAUGGUGAUCCUUUACCAAGUCACUUGUUUAUCUCGGAGAUCAAAGUUUUGCCUUCACUGCAGCAGUUAAAUUUUACUACAGAAAGACCCGAGGGCAUGCAAAACAAAGGUGCUCUUGACGCUGCAAGUAGUCACUGCUUGAGCAAUGGCUGGCAUAUUGUAAAUGUAUAAAAACAUCACUUAGAGUAGUUGUUCUCGGUGUGGGAGGGAUUGAUUAAAGAACGUGGGGUUCCGGGAAAAUGCUGUCUAGCUGUUGUCUUUCUCCCCUUUCCUCCUCAUUCUCCUCUCCUACAAUCACAUUGCUUUGGACAAAAGUGGGUAAAACAAGGGGAUAAAGGCUCUGGCACUGAUGUGUGCUGGAAGCAUGCAGCUUCUUAUGGCAGGGAGAGUAAGAAUUGCAUCCUCCCACUCGUCGCUUUUGAUGUUGAGUGACAGCCUGUGCUGAAUGGCAGGACGAGGUUCAGUGUGUUACAUCUGUUGGUGACUGCCUCUCUCCUGACCAAGACUUUAGUGGGCCCUCCUUUGUGGAGGCCACAGGUGAAAGUUGUUGCUGAGAGAAUUCUUUCUUGGGGGAAGUAGGGAGGUCAUCAUGUACCGUGGAGAAGGGCCUGUUGCCACCGGGGAUGCAAAAAACUUGGAGUGGUUGUAGGCAUUUGGAAAAGAUCAGCGGGGAACUGUUUGGAUCUAGGGUGCAGGUAUUUAAAUGGAUUAUAUUCAGACUGGUUGUCAAGGAGAGAGAGUGAUGUAGGGGUUUGAGGAAUGCCAGAGAACAUUUAGGGAUUGUUUACAGCAGAGAUAGGUGAAGGAAGCUGAUGAGGAAAGUAAGCCUUCGGGUUACAACUGCGUUCUGUUUGUCAGAGUCUCUCCCAAAGGUGUUCUGAAAAAAUGCACCGGUGUCUUGUUCAUUGUGCUCUGCCCUCCCUGGAGCCUUGUGGUAAAUGGGAUCUCAGAGACCUGAAAAGUCAGCUUUUGUCCUGAGUAGUUUUCUUCUGGAUCAGGUCACUGCUGCAGCGCCCACCAAGCUGUGGUAUCAGUCUUGAAACAAAUGAGGGAGGGACAAUUGCCUUUUCUGCAACAGCAUGCUGGUACUUCAUCGCAAAGACUGUGGAAACCACUGCGUAAGGGCUUAUGAAAACACUGUGCUUAAAACUCACACACACACACAAAAACCCCAAAACAAAACCCAAAAAACAAGAAAGGCUGUCCAAAACAACAUGUGUCCAAAAGCACGCUAAUUGCUUUUUUGUGUAUUGACAAAUUUCUUAAAGUCACUUUGCUUUCUGUUUUUUAGUUAGAGGAGAGACAUGCAUUUGUUUGCCAGUACUAUUACAUAAAAGAACAGCUAACAAUCAUAUGACAGUUUUGCAGAGGUGAUUUUGCUCUUACUAGGUUGCUGGGUUUUGACUUAAUUUACAAGUAUUUUGUAUUGUUUUCUAUAAAGAAAUGAAUUAAUUUUGGGGGAAAAAAGGUCAUCGUAUGUUACUGUUUCCAUUAUAUUUCCAGUAUGUGAAAUAGGGAAAAUAACGCUUCCCAGGUCAUAUUUGUAUAUUGCAAGAUAGUUUGGGCAAAUUUGCUGUGGAAUUUUAGUAUUUAUAGGAAUCUAAGUCCUUGAUGAUCUGAGUAGCACAGGUCUACAGUCACUAUGAAAUGCAUUCUGUUCCUACAUGUAAUGUACCGCUGCUACGAUUGUGGACAUUAAAAGAAAAGGGAGGGGAGACGUAGAGUGGAUAAGAAAGCAUGGCAGAUGUGCAAGCACUGAAUACAUGACUUACAGUGCUGUCUCACUGAGGCUUUCUGUAAUUCAGUAUGUGUAUUAUGAGAGAAUACUACAAGUUCUGUGGGAUUUCUCAGGGACUGUCCUAUCCCCUUUUGUUUUGUCAUGAUUGUAUAAUCCCCACGUCUUUUGAAGUCUGAAUCUCUGAAUGAAAAUGCAUUUUGGAAACAGCUUGUGAAUUACUUUAUCAAGAUUUUGAUUUAAAUCUUCCUGACAGCUCUCAAGUUAUGCUUAAGCAAGAGAAAUACAGGCUACUAAAUAGCUAUAAAUGAAGGAUAGCUAAAAUAGUGAAGCUAAAAGGAAGCAGUAUUUUGCUAGUUUAAGUGGGUAUAACUGUCCUAAAAUGUCUUAAACUCAACUGUGGUGUGUAACUUGUAAAAUGGCAUAAGAGAUGUGUUGUAUCUACAGCUUGUGUACUCUGAGAAAAUUUCAACAUCAGUGGUGUGGUAAAGACUCUGAAAAAUAAUGUUUAAAAGGAGCUGGAAACAGAUUUCCUUGUCCUUUUUAUUUUUUUAUUAAAAAUAGCAAAUGCUAACAGUGUUGCUUCCUUGUUCCUGUCUUGUGGUAUUCUGGUGCAUAUCUUGUUUUUGCUUAAUGGUUACACUUGCUGGCCAAGACUGAUUUAAGACACAGAUCCUGUUGUUACUUCAUUAAGAAACAUUUUUUGAAUGUGACUCAGUAUCUGAGAGGUGAUGAACUGGCCAAUUUUUUAAAAAGUCAUGGUUUCUGUGUUUAGGUUUGGUUGUUUGGGAAUAUUUGGUUUUGCGUUGUUUUUAUUUUCGUGGGUGUGAGUUUGUUUUGGUGAGGGCUUUGUGUGUGUGGGUGUUUUUUUUUUUUUUUUUUUUAAAGCUGCUUGCAAGUACUGUUAAAAAGCUUAAAUACCAAGUUUAUUGGUUCUGAGCACCAUGCCAGGCUGGUUUCAGGGAAGCUUUAAGACUGUGCUGCUGCCAAAAGAAGCAGACCUGUCUGGCUGCUAUUUCAACUUCCCUGUGUUGGUCCAGAUGUUUGUGGGGCUGUGUAAUGAGCCAUAUCAGAAAAAAUAAUUUGUAUUGAAAGUAAUCUAGUAUGUGCUUGCAGAAAUACUUGUACUGGCAUAAGGGAAAUCAUCAGGAAUGUGAGGACACACAAGAUGGGAGAGAUGGGACAGUUUCUUUAAACUAGCAGAGCCAGUUUAUUCUGGUUUAAAGUACUGUGGAGCUUUAGCAGCUUCCUUUGUAAAAUCCAGAUUUUUUUUAACAUGGAAGUGAAAUGACUGAGAGCUAGGUGUCCCCUUUCUACCGUUUAGGGUGGAAGGCAAGGGUAAAAGAAGCUUGAGUUGCCAAAAGUGUGGGGAUUAUAGCCCUGGUGUUUCUGGCAUGGGCCAUGUUCCUUGGAGUCGUGGUCGUCUUAAAAACACUGGUGUUAGUAAUGUCAUCUUGUGUCACCUUGUUAAUGUGCACCUCUGGCAGGCUGUGGGUCUCUUUCUGAGACUAGUCCAGAGGAAGCUUCGCUUGCUGAAGUGAGAGGGGCAGCUGCUCUUGCAUAGCAACAUAUGAUGCUUACGACCUCUUUUUCCUUGGCCUUUAGUACUGGUGCCCUUACUUGGCGUGGUGUAGCCACUACAGACAGACAGUGAGCACCAGAGUCUACAGGAAGAGGCUGUGGGUGACUUCAUUUGCUACUGUUAAAAUGUAUGAUUUAGUUGUGAUGCUCUGAGGAAUGUGUACUUUUUCUGUGAAAGUAUGCAGCACAUAGAAGCUUACUGUUGAAAAGGAGCUGUUUUCCUACAUAUUUCUAUUACCAUUAUUCUUUCUAAUUAAGCUUUAGUAGAGGUUAAUAAAAUUUGAGAUUAUUGCAUAUUAUGAGAAUAUUUACACAGACUAAAAAACCCACCAGCAAUCUAGUCUUUUCAGUUUUUGUUGUUUGGAUAAGUGGAUGUUGUGUGUCAAGGUUUUACCUAUUACAAUUAAAUCAAAACAUAAGCUGCAUAUAGUUGAGUGGUUUUUAUUCAACAGUUAAGGUUUUAUGUUCAAAGCUCUUUUUCUUUAAAGUGUUGUUACAUCCAUACUCUUCUUAUAAAAAAAAAUUUUUGGGAAGAGGGUAGCAAAUAUAUUUUAGCUGCCAGGGUUGGGUGUAGUAAAUCCAAUGUCUUGUUUAAUUAAAAAAAAAAAAGAAAGAAAUGGCUACUUUUCACAUUUGCCAGUUGUUAGGGAAAAUUCCUAAAACUGUGUGGAACUGACUACAGGAGUUUGAGUUAUGAAGAACUGACUGCCAGAGUAUGAGAUCUUGUCUUCUGCUUAGAGGUUUUAAAGGUGAAGUAACUAUCUUGUUCUAUAUCCCCAGGAUCUAAAGUCUUGUCUAAAUUAGGAUGUGGAUUUCAGCUAACACCAGUUAAAGUCAGAAAUAUAUAUUAUUUAAGUAUUUUUUAAAAAUCUUGGACUGAAUUUGAAGUUUGUAUUACUUUUUCUAUAGUAGACUUCUAAAUGCCUUCGUUGACCUUUACUAGCUAAUACCAUCUCGCCUUUUGUCUAGACAAAAUCUGAAAUGGUCCGAUACACUACUGUGCUCCUUCAGAGACUCAUGCUUGCUGAUGAUGAGAAGUAAAAACUUAAUCUUAAUAAAGCAUAUAUUUUGUAGAAAUUGGAAAUAUCUUGGUCACUACUAGUGAAUGGAAUCUGUAUUCCUGAAAGCACAAAUAGGGAGUUUUGAUAUAAUUUCUUCAUUGGCCCCAACUAACAGUUUGAGCUGGGCAAUUUGAAAAGAAAAUGGUAAUGGGUCAAAGUUUUUCUUAAUUAAAUUUGGGAUUUUUAGCCACUGAUCUGAAAAGAAAAGGAAAAGGAGUAUAUCUACUGAGAAAAAUGGGUCGAUCUAACUCUAGAUCACAUUCUUCAAGAUCAAAGUCCAGAUCUCAGUCCAGCUCUAGGUCGAGAUCCAGAUCACAUUCAAGGAAAAAGAGAUACAGUUCUAGGUCUCGGUCAAGGACGUAUUCACGAUCCCGCAGCAGGGAUCGUGUUUAUUCUAGAGAUUAUCGCAGAGAUUACAGAAAUAAUAGAGGAAUGAGACGUCCCUAUGGUUACAGAGGAAGAGGUAGAGGGUAUUAUCAAGGAGGAGGUGGGAGAUACCAUCGUGGAGGUUAUAGGCCUGUCUGGAACCGAAGACACUCCAGAAGCCCCAGACGUGGCCGUUCACGUUCCAGAAGUCCAAAACGAAGGUCUGUGUCUUCCCAGAGGUCCCGGAGCAGAUCUCGUCGAUCUUACAGAUCUUCCAGGUCCCCGAGGUCCUCUUCAUCUCGUUCUUCAUCCCCAUACAGCAAAUCACCUGUCUCUUCCAAAAGACGUGCGUCUCUGGAAAAGCAGGCAAAGAAAACUGAAGGGGCUCCUUUGCAAGAUAGCCCCUUGAAAAAUAAAUCACAAGAUGAACAGAAAGAUACAUUUGAACAUGACCCAUCAGAGUCUCUUGACGAUUUUAACAAAUCAUCAGCAGCUUCUGGCGACAUUUGGCCUGGCCUUUCAGCGUAUGAUAACAGUCCAAGGUCACCCCAUAGUCCUUCUAUUGCCACCCCACCUAGUCAGAGUUCAUCUUGCUCUGAAGCCCCUUUGCUUAGCACAGCCCACUCAGCAAAGGACACACCUCAACAUUCCCAUUCCAUUCAGCAUAGUCCUGAGAGGUCUGGCUCUGGUUCUCUUGGAAAUGGUUCUAGCCGUUAUAGCCCUUCUCAGAAUAGCCCAUUGCAUCAUAUCCCUUCGAGGAGAAGUCCUGCAAAGACAAUCCCAUCACAGGGUGCCCCCCGUGAGGAAGCUCGAGUGCGGUCAUUUUAUCCUGAGGGUGGCGAACAGGAAGCUGCAAAAGGUGGAAAGUUUAUGAAAAGGUACACAGAUGAAGAGUCUAGAGUAUACCUGCUUGAUAGGGGUAAUACCAGGGAGAAGGAGGCCCAGAAGGAGAGAGGAUCAGAAAAAGGGAGGACAGAGGGAGAAAGGGAAUGGGAGGAACAGGAAACUUUAGAUUUUUUCAUUGAUAAAGAGACUGGGAAAGAAAAGUUUAAUGACUCUGAAGGGGAGGACACAGAGGAGACAGAGGAUUACAGACAGUUCAGAAAGUCUGUCCUGGCAGAUCAGGGUAAAAAUUUUCCUACUGCAUCUCACCGGAAUGCUGAGGAGGAAGGAACCAAAUACAAAUCUAAAAUAUCAAUCAAGGGCAAUAGAGAGAGCGAUGGAUUUAGAGAUGAGAAAAGUUAUAAGCUUAAAGAGACUGGCUAUGUAGUGGAAAGGCCUAGUGCAACAAAAGAUAAGCACAAGGAAGAAGACAAGAGUUCUGAGAGACUAAUGAUGAAGAAAGAAACUCAGUCACCUGAGCAGGUAAAGUCUGAAAAGCUCAAAGAACUCUUUGAUUACAGUCCCCCUCUACACAAGAAUCUGGAUGCGAGAGAAAAAUCCACCUUCAGAGAGGAGAGCCCACUUAGGAUCAAAAUGAUAGCCAGUGACUCCCAUCGUCCUGAAGUUAAACUCAAAAUGGCACCAGUACCUCUUGAUGAUUCCAAUAGACCUGCUUCCUUGACUAAAGACAGGCUGCUUGCUAGCACACUUGUUCAUUCCGUCAAGAAGGAGCAAGAGUUCCGAUCCAUCUUUGACCACAUUAAGUUGCCACAGGCCAGCAAAAGCACGUCAGAGUCAUUUAUUCAGCACAUUGUGUCCUUGGUUCAUCAUGUCAAAGAGCAAUACUUCAAGUCAGCUGGAAUGACCCUAAAUGAGAGGUUCACUGCGUAUCAAAAAGCUACUGAAGAACACUGCACCCGACAAAAGAGCCCAGAAAUACAUAGGAGGAUUGACAUCUCUCCAAGUACCCUGAGGAAGCAUACCCGUUUAGCAGGUGAAGAGAGAGUCUUUAAAGAAGAAAGUCAAAAAGGAGAUAAAAAAUUAAGGUGUGAUUCUGCUGAUCUUCGUCAUGACAUUGACCGACGUAGAAAAGAACGAAGUAAAGAGCGAGGAGACUCAAAGGGUUCCAGGGAAUCCAGUGGGUCAAGAAAACAGGAGAAAACUCCAAAAGAUUACAAGGAUUACAAAUCUUACAAAGAUGACAGUAAACAAAAAAGAGAUCAAGACCAUGCUAGGUCUUCCCCAUCUUCCUCCCCAUCUUCUUCUUCAUCCAGUUCUCGAGAAGAAAAAGAUUGCAAGAAGGAAAGAGAUGAAGAGUUCAAAACCCACCAUGAACAGAAAGAAUACUCUGGUUUUGCGGGAGUCAACAGGCCAAGAGGCACCUUUUUUCGAAUUAGGGGCAGAGGAAGAGCCAGAGGAGUCUUUGCUGGAACAAAUACUGGUCCCAGCAACUCAAAUACUACUUUUCAGAAGAGACCGAAGGAAGAGGAAUGGGAUCCUGAAUAUACCCCAAAAAGCAAGAAAUACUUCUUGCAUGAUGACAGAGACGAUGGAGUGGAUUAUUGGGCCAAAAGAGGAAGAGGUCGUGGUACUUUCCAGCGUGGCAGAGGGCGUUUUAACUUCAAAAAGUCAGGUAGCAGUCCGAAGUGGACACAUGACAAAUAUCAAGGGGAUGGCAUUGUGGAAGAUGAAGAAGAAACGAUUGAGAAUAAUGAAGAAAAGGACAGACGCAAAGAGGAAAAGGAAUAACUCUAGAAGAAAGUUGUAGCUGAAAGAGCAGCUGUUGCACCACCCUCACAACAUUUUUAAUAUGUUUUUUUGUUGUCAAAUGAAUGUAAGCAUUUUACUUAAAUUUUACUGUUGGAAAGUAGUUUAGGGGGAUUGUUUUUGUUUUAAGCCUUUAGAAAAAAUCAUGAUAUAGUAAACUAUGUUAAUGAUCGUACAGGUAGAAAGUAAAAUAUUUGUAACAACUUUUAAGAAAUUUUACUGUUUGUUAUAUGCAGUGUAAUUCUGCUUUGUCCAAAUAUAUGGUCAAGUACAACUCUAAAAGUUUUGAUUCUCCCCUA